GCCAAGUAUAAUUUUUUUUAUUUAUCUCCUAAUUUAGGAUUUAGAUCCAAGUGGGGUAUCUUGGAAUUUUGCACUUAAAAAAAAAAAGGUUCAAUUAUUGGCACCUCCAUGCCCACUCACUCAUCACUAUAUAACUCCAAUGUAUCCUAAGCCAAAAAAUUUCAUCACAAAAGCCAAGUUUACUAGUUAGUAUUUACACACACCACACACAUUCUCACCUAGUGACUCCUCUCUUCUCCACAAGCACAAGUCUUAAUAAAAACUUCUUGCAACUUCUUGUCCUCCAAAAACUUUGGUUCGAAUUCAAUCAAGAAUUCAACAUGUCUGACAAUUACUACUACUCAUCCUCAUCUUCUUCCCAAUCACAGUCAACUGUGCCACUUCACCUCUGCUUCUUCCUCAUGGUACUCUUUGCAUUUGUAAGUUUCACAUGGUACAUAAACAUGGACAGUGUUUUUGAACCCUUUUUUGAUGGGCUCAAAUUGUUCUUCAUGGUCUCUCCUUUGCUGCUGGUUUUAGCAGUUCAGUUGUUCUCAUAUUUAGAAAGGUACUGGGUUUAUGUGCCGUUUCCGGAGCAAGAAUCUCUGCACAGAGCCGGUGGAACUCCGUGGGGUGUUGCUUUGAUGCUUUGUAUUCUUUUCUUCAUGGUUUCUUACCAAUCUGAUCUGAGAGAGCGUUGGUUUCCACUUCUGAGCUGAUGAAUGAAGAUCCGUUUUGGAAAUCGGAAUGGGUCGCCGUUUACCGGCCGGAAUUUGUUACAGCCUGCAUGUGUGUAUAUAUGUUGCGGUUUGAAGCAAGGAGAGAUUGACUUUUAUCUUUCUUUUUUCUACUUCUUUAUUGGUGUAAGAUAGUUUGUACUACUUUUUUUUUUUUAAAUGUACAAGCUAGAUCUCAAUUACUACCAGCCAGAUGUAAAUUUGGGUUUUUUUUUUUUUUAAUGUUGUUUUUUUAAGAAAUCCAGUAAUUACUGUUGGAUGUUGCUGAGAAAAUCCACAUUACUCGAGAAAGAGCUUUUGUGGUAUGUGUAUGAUUGUAUCUGUAAUAUAUAUGUGACACAAUUAUUGAAGUGUUGCUCUGAUUAGUUAUUAUUUCGACAAUAUUAAAAUUAUACGAAAUGCGAAAAAAUAUUGAAAUGACUUAAUGAAAUUUUAUGUUACC